AUGGCUCUAGCGACAGAUGUGUCGCCUGCAAGUGGAGGCUUCAAAGGAGGUUUCAAUUCAAUGGAGGAUGAAAACGAAGGCACAUUGGGGAAUAUGAGCCAAACCAACGCUGCCAAACCUCCGAGAAGCCUCCCUGCUAUGCGCCAUUGCACAAGCUCCGCUUGGUUAAUCGAAAGUGAAUCAGUCAUGGGUGCCGGUGGCUUGAAGUCACCACCACCAAGAGAGAACUGUGGAUUUCUACCUGUAUUUCGUUCGGGAAGCUGUUCUGAAAAAGGACCAAAACAGUAUAUGGAGGAUGAGUAUAUAUGUAUUGAUAAUCUCUUUCAACAUCUUGGCUCGCCUCCAGACUUUCCUUACCUGGGAGCAUUCUAUGGGGUAUUUGAUGGACAUGGCGGUCUCGAUGCAGCUUCCUUUACUCGAAAGAACAUUCUCAACUUCAUCGUCAAAGACAAAAAUUUCGGGACCGGCACGAAAAAGGCGGUCAGGUGUGCAUAUGUGAGAGCUGAUCAUGCACUCGCAGAUGCUAAAACUCUUGAUAGUUCCUCCGGCACCACGGCUUUGACUUCUCUCAUUUUGGAAAAGACCAUGAUCGUCGCUAACGCCGGCGAUUCCCGAGCUGUAUUGGGGAAACGAGGAAGGGCAAUUGAGCUUUCUAAAGACCACAAACCCAACUGUACAUCGGAAAGGCUAAGAAUCGAGAAACUCGGCGGUGUGAUAUACGACGGAUACCUGAACGGCCAGCUUUCGGUAGCACGUGCUCUAGGAGACUGGCAUAUCAAGGGAGCCAAAGGUUCGAAGAGUCCCUUAAGCUGCGAGCCGGAGCUGGAAGAAAUAUUGCUGACGGAAGAGGAUGAGUUUCUGAUAAUGGGGUGUGAUGGGCUUUGGGAUGUGAUGAGUAGCCAAUGCGCGGUGACGAUGGUGCGGAAGGAGCUGAUGCAGCACAAUGAUCCGGAGAGGUGCUCGAGAGCACUCGUGAAGGAGGCGCUACAACGCAACACGUGCGAUAAUCUAACCGUCAUCGUCGUCUGCUUCUCGCCGAAUCCACCUCCGAAGAUUGAAAUCCCGAGGUCGUGUAAGAGGAGGAGUAUAUCGGCGGAAGGGCUGGAUCUCCUCAAGGGUGUUUUGAACAACGAUUGACUUGA